AAUUGGAGUUAAAAAAGAUGAAUAUAAGAUAUUGGAGUUGAAAAAGGUGAAUAUAAAAUACUCUAAUGGAAUUGGAGUUGAAAAAGAAUUAGAGUUAAAAAAGAUGAACAUAAGACAUUCUAAUGGAAUUGGAAUUGAAAAAGGUGAAAAUAAGAAUUUUAAUUGA